AGGUCCAACCAGGUCGCUAAGUAUUGGCGCUAGUGGCAAGUUUUUUCCCCUGCUAUAGUUCUGGCCACCUCCUUUUGUCUUUUUUCUUCCCUCUGUAUUCAGUGGUCUAUGCUAGAGUUUGUUCCCUACAAGUUGUUUACUUUGGUUUUUUUUUGUGUUUGUGUCUCCAGAAAUCGCUAUAAUCACAACUUGCAGAUGAUGUGGCAAUGCAAGAUACAGCAAUUUACAUGUGCCAAUCUCCUUGAUUUUUACCAAGAGGUGUAAAACUCUGAAGACAGUGUGUGAACUCCACUGUUACAGAGUGGUGAGGGUUUGACAUUUGAAGACUUUCAGUAAUGUCUGAUGAUGAUGACUUCAUCUACAUCAAGAAGCAGAACACAGUGCAUUAUGGGUCCCUGGAGGAGCAGGAGAGAGCUAGAUUGGCUGCGAUUGCAGCCGGUGAAAAGGAUGUCGAUGGCCUCCCGGCCACAGUCACGUCUGGCGCUGAUAUGGCUGGACACAUCAAUAUCUCGGAUGAAUACAUGGAGCUGGAGGAAGAGAUGCACAGAGACAGGCAGGCCUUGCUGGAGGAGUUUGAGAGGCGCAAGCGUGCACGUCAGAUAAACGUGUCCACCGAUGACGAGGAGGUGAAGAAGAACCUGCGGCAGCUCGGGGAGCCAAUCUGCUUGUUCGGGGAAGGACCAGCAGACAGACGCAGUCGACUCAGGGAUCUGCUGGCCAAAUUAGGUGAGGAUGCCAUAAAGAAAAAGCAAGAAGAAGAGGAAGAGAGGAUACAGCAGGAAAAAGAUCAGGAGUCGACUUGGUACCACGAGGGACCAGAGUCUCUUCGUGUUUCAAGACUGUGGAUAGCAAAGUACUCGUUGCCACGGGCGAAACUCCGCUUGGAGAAGUCUCGCCUGGAGAGGCAGCAGCCAGAGGCCACGAGGACGGCCCACCGGCAGGAGCUGCAGAAGAAGCUGCAGGCCACGACCAUCUUCUGCAGUCAGAUCGGGGACAACAGGCCAAUCUCCUUCUGCCAGUUCAGCCCAGACUCAAAGAUGCUCGCCACUGCUUCUUGGAGUGGCCACUGCCGACUUUGGAACAUCCCAAACUGUGACCCCGUGAUGAAUCUGCAGGGUCACAACUGCAACGUGGGGGCCAUUGUGUGGCAUCCUCAUGCCAUGGCGAACGAAAACGAGCGGGUUUGUGCCUUGGCCUCUUGCGCGUUCGACGGCUCUGUCAAGCUGUGGAACUUGAGCAGCUCCGAUCCGCUGGCGGACGUGGAGGGCCACGCCCCGCACAGGGUGUCGCGGCUCGCGUUCCACCCCUCGGGCCGUUUCCUGGGAACGUGCUGCUUCGACUCCUCUUGGCGGCUGUGGGACCUGGAGCAGGGUGAGGAGGUGCUGCAUCAGGAGGGGCACUGCAAGCCCGUGUACUGCAUCUCCUUCCAGGACGACGGCGCCGUGUGCGCCACGGGUGGUUUGGAUGCUUUUGCCCGUGUGUGGGACUUGCGUACUGGGCGUUGCAUCAUGUUCAUGGAGGGCCACUUGAAGGCUGUUUAUGGGGUAGAUUUCUCCCCAAAUGGGUACCACAUAGCCACGGGAAGUGAAGACAACAUGUGCAAGAUAUGGGACCUGCGAAGACGGACGUGUUUGUACACAAUUCCGGCUCACAUGAAUCUGAUCUCAAAUGUCAGAUACCAGCGUGAGGGUGGUCAUUUCAUCGUCACGUCUUCGUAUGACAACACAGUGAAGGUGUGGUCCAACAAGACAUGGCAGCCGUUGAAAACUCUAUCUGGACAUGAUGGAAAAGUGAUGUGUGUGGAUAUCUCUCCAGAUUCUCAGUACAUCGCAACAUCAUCGUACGACAGAACGUUCAAGCUGUGGGCUCCUGAAUAAACUUUAUUGAAAUACUGUGAAUAUUUUAUACAAAAUAAAGUUAAGAACAACUACA